UAAAAAUGCAGGCAGGCGCAUUUGGGGCUGCGCUUGCCGCUGACUGAGGUUUGUAGCGCAAACCCAGGAGGCGCUUCCCGCCAUCUUCGGUUAGAGCAAAGAACGACCCUCCGACGCCACCGUCUUCAUUAUAAUAAAACGCUAACUGCUAUACUUCAUUGUAAACAUUGCUAGCGGGAUAGAACAGCUUCUUUAGGUGCUGACUACAAGCGAGAAGUUUUCCCUUUUAGCAGGCGCUCAGGCCUUGCGCUCAUCCGAAGGGCGCUGUGGAUACAUGCACAAUGCGUUAAGCAUUUGGGGGGCAGCACCGCAGUCAGGUUCUCAAACUGAGUCAAAGCAGCAAUGGAGUCACCACGUCACUGCCCGUCUCCAACGACAGUGCUGCUAGACCCAUGGACAGCAUCAGUUGCGAUGCAAGCAGCCAAGCUGGCGGCUGAGGACUCGGCGCCCGGCACUGGAGCAAUAAUGCCGACCGAUUUACGGGUUACCCCUGUGGACGCGAGCUCGCUGAGCCGCGCGCCGGCUGCCCAGGCAGCUAGCGUGUCGGGACAGGCCAUCAACGCUUCGAAAUUUGCGCUGCCCCAGGCAAACGUGAUGGCGGUACUUCGCACCGCUUACUACGGAAGCGUCCAAAACUUCCACCAAAAGCCGGCGGCCAUGACGAACCCAGCCCCCUCCACGUCAGGGGGGGCCGCAGCCGCCGCCUCGCCCGGCCGCGACGCUGCCGGCCCAGGCCGGCCCGCACCCACGGAGGGCGCUCAGAGCCGCGAGGCAAAGCGGCUGCGGGUUGCCGGCGAGGCGCAAUCACAGCAGCAGGACCACCGCAAGGAGGAUCAGCAGGCUGCAGGCGUGAGCGGGGCGCAGGGGCCGGUCGGCCUUUCAGCCCCGGCGCUCACAGCCUCGCCGGCACCCAGUGCACCGGGCGCCGGGGGUACCGGUGGCAACAGCAGCAGCAGCGGCAGCAGAUCCGGCGGCGGUGGCGGCGGCGGCGGCAGUAGCGGCGGCGGCCGGCCGUCCAGCGGCCACAGCGCCUCCCGGCGCGGCGCCGCGGCACUCAAGCGGCUGUGCGCGGCACUUGGCGUGUGCAUCCAGCGCGACCACCUGCCGGAGCACGGCCUCACCUUCGCAGUGGCCAGCAGCCGCGGAUGGCGGGCGGCCAUGGAGGACUGCUACGCGGCUGAGGUGCCCCUGGGCGGCACGGGCGGCCGCGUGGCGCUGUUCAGCCUGUUUGACGGACACGGCGGCGCCGAGGUGGCGCGGUACAGCGCCCUGCACAUGGGUCGCGCCAUUCGGGAAGCGCCCUCCUUCCCCGCCGCACCCGCCACACCGACCGCCACACCGACCGCCAGCCCCGCCAACAGCCCCGCUGCCGGCGGCGCCGAGCCCAAGGCCGCCUCUGCGCCAGCACACAAGCCCACCGGCGCGUCGCUGCCCGGAGCUGCCGCCACCAGCUGUAGCAGCGGCGGCGGCUGCAGGCUCACCAUUGCGCCCCUGGAUGUGGGUCAGCUGCGGCGCGGCGGCGGCGGCGGCGUCAGCGUGUCGGUUCCCAUGGACACAGACCUACUGCCCCCAGACCAGCAGCAGGCGCAGCCGCUGCCCCUGCUCCAGCCGCUGCCGCUGCUCCAGCCGCUGCGCCUGACGUCUCUGCCUGCUGUAGCUCCUGUAGCGGGAUCGGCGGUGGCGGCGGCGCCAGCCUCGGACGCGGAACACUCCACGCCCACCUCCCCUGUGCCCGCCUUCUCAUCCCUGGCUCAUGACUACUCUCCCACCGCCAGCCUACGCACCGCUGCCAAGACCGCCGCCAGGGCUACUGCCACCGCCGCCACAUCAGCAGCUGCUGAGCCUGCAGCAGAAGCUGCUACAGCCGGCGGCAGAGCUGCGACCUCCGCCACCACCGCGACUGCUACAGCUGCGCCGGCCUGCUACGCCGCUGCGCUGCGCGAGGCGUUCCUGUUUCUGGACGGGAGGUUGGCGGCGCCGGCACAGGCGGCCCAGCUGCUGGCGUUGGCCAACCCGGGGGCGAACACCGCGCCGCCCGAGGCGUACGGCAGGCGCACGCCCGACGGCCCCUUCCUGGGCCCCGCCGCCGGCAGCACCGCCACCGUGGCGCUGGUGGGGCCGGGCGGCGUCACCGUGGCCGCCGUGGGCGACAGCAGGUGCAUCCUGGGCAGUCGGCGCGGCGGCGUGGCGGCGCUGUCGGUCGACCACAAGGGCAACGACCCUGCAGAGCGCGAGCGCGUGCUGAAGGCCGGCAGCUGGGUCUCUGCCAGCGGUCGUGUGUGCGGCGAACUGGACAUGUCGAGGGCGCUGGGUGACGCCGACCUCAAGCAGGCGCCGGGGCUGUCGCCGCUGCUGCAGGCGGUGACCGCUGAGCCUUCCGUCCUGCACGCGCCGCUGCGGCCGGUGCCGGUGCCGCCGGCGGCGGCUGCAAGGCAGGAGAAGCAGGGAGUGAGGCAGGUGCAGGAGCAGCAGCAGGAGCAACAGCAGGAGCAGCAGGGGCAGCGGCUGGCAGCUCAGGGGAUGACGCCGCGCGGGCACCGGGGGAAGGGGAAAGGCGACACAGGGGAGCAGGGGGAGCAGGAGGACUGCAGCGGCAGCGACGACAGCGGCGGCGGUGGAGGAGGUGUGGAGGAGGAGGCGCCGGCGGACGAGGCGGAGGCGGCGGUGGAGCAGCGGCUCAUGUCGGUCAUGCACGUGGGUGGCGGCGGCGACAGACGCAGCACCAGCGGCAACACCAGCAGCAACACAAGCAGCGCUUGUGCUUCCGCCGCCGCCGCCCCCGCACAUGCCGCAGAUGACGCAGACCAGGCUCCCGGCCAGGCCUCGGCGCCAGCGGCUGGUGCGCCCGCGGCAACUGCUGCGCAGCCGGCGGCCUUCACGGUCCCGUCGCCGCCGCCUGGCUGCUACCUGCUGCUGGCCAGCGACGGGCUGUGGAACGUCAUGACCACGCAGCAGGUGCACGAGUUCGUUGUGGAGCGGCUGGACGCGGGUCUGACGCCGGACGUCAUCUGCGCAGAGCUAUGCGUGGAGUCCUGCGUCAGCGAGAAGACAGCGUACGACAACGUGACGGUGUUAAUGGUGCUGCUGCACGGCGUCGAGCCCGUCCCAGCCGCCAGCGCCGCCGCCGCGGCCGCAGCGCCCGCCGCAGCAGCAGCUGCUGCUGCCUCAAGCCCGUCGGUGCAGGCGCUGGCAGGCGCGGCCGAGCCGGCCGGGCCAGCGGCGACGACAGUGCUGCAGCCUGCCCCAGAGGCCGCCGCAAGUGCCAGUUUGCCGCCUGUGGGCUUUGGGCUGCCGCCGCUGUAUGCGGUUCUGCCCGACACGAUGCCGCCAGUGACCAUCGCGCCCGUCAGCCGGCCAUCGGCUGCCAGUUCAGCCGGCGCCGCAGGUGGCGGCGCUGCCGCCAUGCGGCCCAGCCAGCAGGGCAUGCAUAGCGCGGCGGCUGUAAUCGUGGCGGCGGCCGUGGCGGCGGCCGCUGCAUCCAGCCGUGCAAUGCAGGCGCUUGGGGCUGCGCCGCCGCCGCGGGCCGCGGGCCGCGAUGCCUUCGCUGCAGCAGGAUGGUCUGUAGGCGCAGCGGCGGAUACGGCAGCGCCGGGACAGCGGGACCAGGAGCGCGACGUGGAGAUGCGAGAUGUGGCGGCACUCGCUGCGGAUGCACUUGUUACUAUUGACGUCGCGAAGCCGGCGACAUCACCGAAGCCGGUGCUAUCCAUGACCAACCAUGAGCGCGGGUGCCCCGCCAUGGAGUGGCAAACUGGAGAACUCAAGAAGACUCAAGAACUCAAGGCUCAAGAGCCCUUCAAGCUAAAAUUGCAGAAGCAAGAACUGCAAGAUGUCGAGAAUUGCCGGGACGUACUGGAGACUGGCGUUUGCGUGGUGAUGGGAGUGGGGCAGGAGGUGGGCAAGGGGGCCUCGACGGUGGGCGCCGAUGCGGCGUGCAACACGUGGAGCGGCACUGGUGGCACCGCGAGCGGGCUGGAGCUGGAGCGGGCGCCCGAGGGGCAGAGCUGCGAGGGCGCUGAUAAGCUGCAGCUGGCGUGCGGCCGAGCGCCUGGAGUGGCGGCCGGCGCACGAGGAGGUGGAGACGUGGGUGGCGGCGAGUGGGGUUGCGAGGACCAGGCAGUUGUGUCGGAGCGGCUGCUAGAGGCCAGCCCGAGCUUCCAUAACCAGGACUGUGAAUCGGUCUAGGUUGUUGCCGAGGUUAUUCACGUGUGCUCAUAUUAUAGCGUAAAGCCCCGCGUGUAAGGGCACUAUGGAACAUGCCGUGAAUUCGAAGGGCAUGCAUGUUUCCCAAGCGGUGCCCACCAGGCUCACAAAUAUUUGGUGCAUUAGUCCAGUGUAAAACAAACACAUU